CUUUUUCAUUACUUAAAGAAAGUCAAUUUUAUAGAUCGCCUUGGUGAAAGAGUGGCCUAUGAUGAAAAUGGUGACCCACUUCCAGCAUAUGAGUUUGUUAACUGGCAGCGCUUAGAAGAUGGAACCAUGAUAACUAAGACAAUUGGAGUUUUUGAUGAAUCAUCCUCCACAGUGAAUGGACUUUUCCUCAAUGAAAAAGAUAUUUUCUGGAACUUUGCAUCUAGAAGUAUUCCCGAAUCGGUCUGCAGCAAAAGUUGUCAGCCUGGUACUAGAAAAGCCAUCAGGAAAGGCGAGGCAGUAUGCUGUUUUGAUUGUGUGCCAUGUGCUGAUGGUGAGAUAAGCAGUCAGGUCGAUUCAAUUGAGUGCUCAAGGUGUUUACCUGAUUUUUGGUCUAAUCAAGGAAAAAAUCAAUGCGUGCUUAAAGAAAUUGAAUUUUUGUCUUAUGAGGAUGUGAUGGGGAUUAUUUUAACUACAACUGCACUCCUGGGGACCUGCCUGUCAGUUGCCAUUUUGGCCAUCUUUAUACAGUACAGAAAUACUCCAGUUGUAAAAGCUAACAAUUCUGAACUGAGCUUCCUUUUGCUUGUGUCAUUAAAACUCUGCUUCCUUUGUGCUCUGUGCUUCAUUGGACAACCAUCACAACUGACGUGUAUACUGAGACACUUGAUGUUUGGAAUUAGUUUUGCUUUAUGUAUUUCUUGUAUUCUUGUGAAAACAAUUGUUGUGAUAAUGGCAUUUAAAGCCACUCUGCCCGGGAAUAAUAUAAUGAAAUGGUUUGGUGUCUCCCAGCAGCGAGGUACAGUGUUCUUCUUCACUUUAAUCCAAGCAGUAAUAUGUUUAAUCUGGUUUUGCACUUCCCCACCAGGACCAGCAAAAAAUAUCAAGUAUCAAAAUUCAAAAAUCAUAUUAGAAUGUGAUGUUGGGUCACAGACUGGAUUUAGCUGUCUUUUGGGAUAUAUUGGAUUGCUGGCAUGUGUUUGUUUUCUGUCUGCUUUUCUAGCAAGGAACCUCCCUGACACUUUUAAUGAAGCCAAAUUCAUAACUUUCAGCAUGCUCAUCUUCUGUGCAGUUUGGAUCACCUUUAUACCUGCUUAUAUCAGCACUCCGGGGAAAUAUACCGUAGCAGUGGAGAUUUUUGCUAUUUUGGCUUCAGCCUUUGGUAUUCUUUUGGCAAUAUUUACUCCCAAAUGUUAUGUCAUUUUGUUGAAACCAGAGAGAAACACAAAAAAAGCUCUAAUGGAAAAAUCCAUUGCUGACAAAUGCCAUUAAAUGUGCAAUAAGACACAGCAGAUUAAAACUUUAAUAUCUUACUCACCAGGGACAGGAAGAUUGU